CAUGAACUCCAUCCUCUUGCUGUGUCCUCACGUGGCAGAAGGCUACAUUUUCCUAUUCUGCUGUUGCUUUACCCAUAGUUACACUCUGGCAUCAAAAUUGCUGUUUGAGAGGAAGUGAGUAUAGACAGGGGAGUAAGAGGUCUGAUGACAGAGGCAGGGAAUAAAUGUUUGGAGUCCACAGCAUCAUGAGAAUUUCUUAGGAAUAGAGUCUAGGCCCCCAGUGCUGUCACUCUCACCCAUCCUCCUCUACAAUGUGAGAUGUUUCAGGACCCAGUGGCCUUUGAGGCUGGGCUGUGAACUUCACCCAGGAGGAGUGGGCCUUGUUGAAUCCUUUCCAGAAGAAUCUCUACAGAGAUGUGAUGCAGGAAACCUUCAGCAACCUCAUCUCUAUAGAAAUUUUAUGGGAGAGAGACGCUGAGAGUACAGAAGGUAAUCAGUGUGGAGAAACUUUCACCCAGGUUCCGGAAAACUUGCUGAACAAGAAAACUCUUCCUGGAGUAAAAUCAUGUGAAAGUGCUAAGUGUGGAGAAGUCUUCAUGGGACAUUCAUCCCUUAAUAGGAACAUCAAAGCUGACACUGGACACCAACCAUAUAAGUGUCAGAAAUUUGGAGAGAAACCAUAUAAACAUAAACAACGUGGGAAAGCCUUGAGCUAUAGCCACUGCUUUCGAACACACGAAAGGCCUUACACUAGAGAGAAACCUUUUGAUUGUAAGGAAUGUGGAAAAUAUUUCAUUUCUCCUGCAAGCAUUUGAAGCAUGGUAUUGCACAGUGGAGAUGGACCUUAUAAAUGUAAGUUUUGUGGGACCUUGGAUUGUCUCAGUUUAUACCUUACCCAUGAACGAACUCACACUGGAGAGAAACCAUAUGAAUGUAAACAAUGUGGUAAAGCCUUCAUUUGGCACAGUUCUGUUCAAAUCCAUGAAAGAACUCACACUGGGGAGAAGCCAUAUGAAUGUAAGUAGUGUGGGAAAUCAUUCAAUUUUUCCAGUUCCUUUUACAGACAUGAAAGGACACACACAGGAGAGAAGCCGUAUAAAUGUAAGGAAUGUGCGACAGCCUUCAAUUGUCCCAGUUCUUUUCACAGGCAUGAAAGGACCCACACAAGAGAAAAACCCUAUGAAUGUAAACUAUGUGGGAAAGCAUUAUCUCACCUUAGAAACUUUCAAAGACACAUGAGAAUGCACACUGGAGAGAGGCCUCAUAAAUGUAAGAUAUGUGGGAAAGCCUUUUACUCUCCCAGUUCAUUUCAAAGACAUGAAAGAAGUCACACUGGAGAGAAACCCUACAAAUGCAAGCAAUGUGGGAAAGCCUUCACUUGUUCCACUUCGUUUCAAUAUCAUGAAAGGACUCACACUGGAGAGAAACCCUAUGGGUGUAAGUGAUGUGGGAAAGCCUUCAGAUCUGCCAAGUACAUUCGAAUACAUGGAAGAACUCACACUGGUGAGAAACCCUAUGAAUGUAAGCAAUGUGGGAAAGCAUUUCAUUGUAUCCGUUCCUUUCAUAGACAUGAAAGGACUCACACUGGAGAAAAACCUUAUGAAUGUAAGCAUUGUGGGAAAGCCUUCACUUGUUCCAUGUAUGUUGGAAUAUAUGCAAGAAUUCACACUGGAGAGAAACCUUACCAAUGUAAGGAAUGCGGGAAAGCCUUCAUUCAUUCCAGUUACUGUCGAAAACAUGAAAGAACUCACACUAUUAAUAUAUGAGAGAAAUGCUACUUUUUAAUUUUUAUUUUUGUAGAGACAGGGUCUCACUAUCUUGUCCAGGUUGGUCUUGAACUCCUGGCUUCAAGCAUCCCUCCCAGCUUGAGGUCUCAAUAAAGGAAAGCAAUAAAUGUAGAGAUGGAGUUAGGUGAUGCCACACUGGGAUUCAUCAGUGGCCUAGCUUACAUAUGAUUUCGAAGGCAGACAUGAGGAAGGCCUUAGUCACAUUUUAGAGCCAGCCACAUUCAUAUGGACUGUGUGGCCCCCUGAUUCUAGCCCAUUUUCCUGAUUCUCUUGCUUGUCAAUCAAGAGUAUCUUCCGAAUCUCGACUUUCCUUUUCUCAGAGGUGUAGGUUUCCAAAGAUGUCCCCAGAAGCUCCACAUUCAAGUUCUAUCUACGGUUUGGUUUUUCUUUAAGUAUUGUAAUGUCCAUACCAGAGAAAGAAUGCGGACUGUCAUGGGUGGGGAAUGUUCUCUGAUGCUCAACUCCCUUAGUUUGCAGAUUGAGUUGGUAGGAGGUGUGAUUUCUUUACAUGCACCUUUGUUCCUGCUGGUAGUGACCUUGUUCUUGAUUCAGCCUGACAGCUUACUAUGCUGCCAUCAGAACCAACUUGGUGAGAGCUCUACUGCCCUGUGCAGUGACUGGUCUCAUCUAGGACUCUAGUGUGAGAAGGAACACCUUGCUCUGGUCAGGAAAUGUCCAGUGUUUCCUGUUAUCCACAGGAGAAUGUAAUGCAUCAGUUCAUUUUCAGUUAUCUUUGAUUAUAUGUGAUUGACAAUGUGUAUUUUUGAGGGAGCAAAGAUUUCUGUACAUAUUUCUUAAAAAUAGUUUAUUCAGCUGGGUGCAGUGGCUCACGCCUGUAACCCCAGCGCUUUGGGAG